AUGGCCCACCAAGCACACUCUUACCACAUAGUAGACCCAAGCCCAUGGCCCAUCUUCGGGGCAGCCGCUGCCCUACUAACAACCUCCGGAUUAGCCAUGUGAUUCCACCACAACUCCCUACAACUCUUAAGCCUAGGCCUACUCUCCAUAAUCCUAGUUAUACUCCAAUGAUGACGAGACAUCGUACGAGAGAGCACAUUCCAAGGCCAUCACACACCCACAGUUCAAAAAGGCCUGCGAUACGGAAUAAUCCUAUUCAUUACAUCCGAAGCAUUCUUUUUCCUAGGUUUCUUUUGAGCAUUCUUCCACUCCAGCCUAGUACCCACCCCAGAGCUAGGCGGACAAUGACCCCCAAUAGGCAUUAAACCCCUCAAUCCCCUUGAAGUUCCUCUACUAAACACAGCCAUCCUCCUAGCAUCAGGAGUCACCGUCACAUGAGCACACCAUAGCAUCACAGAGAGCAACCGAAAACAGGCAAUCCACGCACUAACACUCACAAUCUUACUUGGAUUCUACUUUACAGCCCUCCAAGCAAUGGAAUACUACGAAGCACCAUUCUCAAUCGCCGAUGGAGUAUAUGGUUCAACCUUCUUCGUCGCAACCGGGUUUCAUGGUCUCCAUGUAAUUAUCGGAUCUUCAUUCCUAUCAGUCUGCCUCCUACGACUAAUCAAAUUCCACUUCACAUCUAACCACCACUUCGGAUUCGAAGCGGCAGCUUGAUACUGACACUUCGUAGACAUCAUCUGAUUAUUCCUCUACAUAACAAUCUACUGAUGAGGAUCAU